AUGGUUUAUAUCUUAUAUAUUGUGAUUUUAAAGUUAUGGGUAACUUUCAUAUCGAAGGCGCUCGGAUAUGAGUGUUUAACAGGUUAUAUUACGACUGCCCAGUGUCUAAAAGCGCCACGCGCGUCCAUCUCAUCAUUUAUCUCUUCUACACACACACAGUGGAUGGACAGCUUAGUUAGAUAUCGCACAUUUCCAUUAUACGCGGUUCCCAAGAAGAAACCUUCCAAACGGAGGACCCGUAUUAGGAAGACCGCGUGGAUGAAACGACUACCACUUAACUGGAAGCAGCCUAUGAUGCUUGACAUUUUUGAUGUUACCAAGUACACAGAUGGGACUUUAACGAAGUCACGUACGACACAUCAGAAUUGGUUGAAUUUACCGGAUACUUCAUUGGAAGGCGAACAUUUUUUAACGAGAGAAAUACGACCACGCUGCUGCUGCUCUGGUGGUAACGUUGGCGUUCAAUCACCGAAUUUCGACGUUGACGCUCACCGCCGUGUGUUGCUGGAUGCCGGUGUUAGCCCUGAUGCUGUGCAAUCGAUUGAUGUUGGCCACUUCCAGAUUUUGGAACCCGUCACUCAGACCAAGAUUGUGGAAGUUACCAAGGAAAUCAUCGAUGAAAAGAUCAUUGAGGUCCCCGCGAUUCAAUACGUCGACAAAAUCGUCGAAGUUGAUGUACCUGUUGUGAAAUACAAGCCGGUAUACAAGAAGAAGGAAGUUGUUGUUGAGAAGCACAGGCACGUACCUCGCAUUGUAUACGAAGACAAGAUCGUUGAGGUUCCUCAAAUCAAAUACGUUGAGAAGGAAGUGGAGGUCCCUCAAAUUGUCAUGAAGGAAAAGAUUGUUGAAGAGCCCAAGAUCAUGAUUGUCGAACACGUCAUCCCUGUUCUCAGGGUCUCAAAGGCCGACCACACCACUGACAUCGACAACGCUGGAGAAGAGUUCCUUGAUGACAACAUGAACGGUGUCACAUACGUAGAGGCUGAAGGAAUUGAUGCCCGUGCCGACAUGGCAUGCUGCACCACCAGGUAA